AUGAGCUCUGCCUUCUUCCCGUCCUUCAAGCCCCAGGUUCUCUCCCGCACAGAGGGCUUCCACCUCCCCUCCCCGCCUCCCUCCAACUCCCCGCCUUCCCCUCCCGCCAACCCCACAUCCUCCUCGGGAACCGGCAACUUCGACAACCUCUUCGUCCCCCCACUCUUCUCCGUCCCCGACUCCUUCCGCAAGUUCCCCUCCCACUCGACCAGCGAACAGUCCGGCAACAUGGAUUUCUCCGACGAGCUGGCCUCGCUCAUCGCGACCCCCUCCCAGGCACACAUCCACAACUCAUCCCACGAACGCUCCACCCAAUCUCCAGGCGCGUACGAUGACUACCGAUCCCAUCACACCCACAACAUCUUCGACAUCUCCGCCCCCACCUCCCACCACCAAUCGUCCCAUCACUUCGGACACCAGAACCCCUCCUUCUCCCUCCCCCCGCAUCCUCCCUCCAUUCGAGCUCCCUCCAUGGACCGUCCUCCGUCCACAGCACACAUCCCCUCCACGAGUUCAACGCCCACUCCCACUUCAACUCACCGUCCCCGCCAUCGGCUCUUCCAUGCGCUACGACCUCCAUCCUCCCCGACGAACACCAACGGCGCGAACCCGUUCUCCGGCAACGGCGGCGAGUCCUCGUCCUUCCAGUCCCACAUGUCCAACCUCUCCAACAUCUCCUCGUUCUCCAACAUGCCCAACCCCUCCGACUUCCACCUCAACGGCCCCGCGAACGGCCAGCGGCACACGCCGUCCCCGAGCCGGUCUCGCUCGCGCGCUCCGGCCGCGAGCAUGGACCCCGCCAACCCGCCGAGCACGAACGGCGGCCCGGCCCGCCGCACGCGCACCAAGCGCAACAGCGUCUCGAGCGUCUCCCCGCCCCCGCUCAUCGCGGGCACACCCAGCCCUCUUGGGCUUCCCACUCCGGAGAGCGUGCAUGGCUUCAGCGCGUUCAACGGUGGGACCAGCUUGGGGUCCGUGGGCUUGGGGGUCAGUCCGAAAGACGCGAACGUUCCCGGGAUGGGCAUCGUCGGCAUGCAGAAGGGCGGCGAGACCCCUCCGGACGAGCUCGCUACGAAACAGGCGAUAAUUGCCAACGAGAAGCGCCGCCGGAGGCGGGAGUCCCACAACGCGGUCGAGCGCCGCCGGAGGGACAACAUCAACGAGAAGAUCUCGGAGCUCGCGACGCUCAUCCCAGAGUGUCUCCUCGAUCCGAAUGCGACGAUGACCGUUCCCGCCUCGCUCUCGCAGGCGACGAACGAGGACCUCAUCUUCGGAGUGACGAUCAAAGACUCCGGGGAGAAAAAGGAGGGCUCUGGCAGCGCCGAGCCAGAAGACAUGAACCCGUCUUCGACGCCGACGACGACGACAGGGGGGAGCGCUGCGAACACCCUCGAAAACAACGCCGCGAAGGCGAACAAGGGCAUGAUUCUGCGCAAGAGCGUGGAGUACAUCCGCUACCUGCAGCAGCUCGUCGGCGCGCAGGCGACCCGGAACCGCGACCUUGAGCAGCAGCUGCAGGCAUUCCGCUCGGGCGGUGUUCCGUCGUCCGCGUCCGUCCACGGGGACGGGGACGGAGACGGGGAGAUGAAGCUCCACGACGAGGUCGACGGGUUCCUCCUCAAUGGCGCAUCCGGAGACGCACCCGCCGCUGGGGGCCGCCCGCGGCGGGGGAGCGUGCGCAAGGGGUUCAACAGCGGGUUUGGAGACCUCCCGAGCGUGGAAGAGAUGGACCAGGACACGGAGCUGGAGAUGGAGCGGCCGUCGACGGCUGGCACCGGAGUCUCGCCUGGGAGCAGCUUGGACGACGACGACGUGGAUGACGAGGGAGAGGAGGACGACGGGGACGAGGAGAUGGAGAUCAUCGAGCGCGGGCGCAAGGGGCGGGACGGGCGACCGGUCGGGAAGCGGGUGGGGCGCAAGGGGAAGAGCGUGUCGGUGGACGCGGGGGCGAGCCCGGUCGCGGUGAAGGUCAAGAAGGAGGCGGACGGGAUGGAGAUCUCAUGA